GGCGAAAAAGUGCGCAGUGGAAAAGUUUGCGCGAUAGUGCAUCAUUUUGUCCCGUCGUUUUACGCUGCAGAGUUGGGACAGGCAGGUCCCACCCGGACGAACUGCAGGAAGCAAUCCAGAAAACCACCAUCGCGGACACGUGAGCGAAGCGAACCUCGCUGAAAAUCAGCAUCAGGUCAAGGUCCGUCGUCGGGACUAUCCGGAACUUUGCGAAGGGGCGUGUGGAGGAAAAAACAAAACUCGGAAGAAGGGCCGCUUAGCGGCCCCUUUUCGCACACUGUGCGUUCGCUAGUGGAAGCCGCAGGUUCCGCUUCUUUCCCCUGGUGGUUUGUCGGAGUGACACUAGUCGGGUGUGAAGCAGCGCGAGGAGAAAUGUCGUCGGCAAACGAAUCCGGAACAACUGUUUGGCCUGGCUUUCGACCACCUUCAGCUGUUUGGGAAUUGCUGCACCAGCAGCAGAACAACAACAACAGCAGCAACAUCCCGCACGGCGAGGUCGUGCGUCGCAGAACAACAACAACUCCCGCAGCAGAAAAACAACAACAUCCGGCACUGCCAUGUGGUGCUUCGCCCUCGAUGCAAUUCCAACAACACCUCAGGCUGCUUGGGAAUUGCUGCACCAGCAGCAGAACAACAACAAGUCCAGCAACAACAUCCAGCAUGGCAAGGUCGUGCGUGUCCGAACAACAACAACUACAGCAACAACAUCCAGCAGCUUGGGAAGUGCUGCACCAGCAGCAGAACAACAACACCUUCAGCAGAAAAAAAAACAACAACAUCGGGCACUAUCAGGCAGGCCGCGCCAUCCAGCAGCUUGGGAAGUGCUGCACCAGCAGCAGAACAACAACACCUUCAGCAGAAAAAAAACAACAACAUCGGGCACUAUCAGGCAGGCCGCGCCAUCCAAGCCGUUUGGAAGCACGAUACCAGAUCUAUGCGCGCAAGGCGGGACGGAGAGGUGCCACCCUGUUAGCAUGUCGUGGUUGUGAAAUCCUGAUGUAAGUACACGCACAUGGACGGGGAAGUGUGGGAUUUUGUUCAAACUGUUGCCCCAAUAUAAA